ACAAAAACUUUGGCAUUUAAAUUGAGGCAGUGUCCUAGUCCCAACAAACAUGCUCUGUAAUCAAUUUUAGUUUCUUUCUUUUUCUUAUUCCAUUCCCAAUUUUAGUGAAAUUUUCUCCCUCUUUAAAUCACGAUUUUUAUCAAUUGGAAUUUUUUGAUUUAAAAGGUUGAAUCUUUAUAGAAAAGGAUAAUAAAAGUACACAAGAUUCACAGAACCCAGAACUUAAAAAAGAGAGAAAGUUCUGAAACUUCUUCAAUUGGCCAGAUUUUAGGUGGGUGUUCUUUAAAUUAGCCCCCAAAAAAUACCCAUAUGAAAAUUGUCAUCUGUUUCACCUUAUUUUGCAGAAUUUCUUUAAAAUAGAGAUAUUUUGAAGAAUUACAUUUGAAAAAAAAAAGCUGAGAUUUUUUUUAAAAAAAAGUUGGAUUGAUUAGGUGGGUAUUCUUCAAUUUGUUAAAACAACCAAAUAGUAAAUACCCAUCUUAUAAUUUCAUCUGGGUAACCUUAUUGCAGGAUUUCUACCCCCCAAAAAAAAACUAAGUUUUUACAGGAAAAAAAAAAGGAUAGAUUUUUUUUUUUUUUUGAGGAUUGGGGGAUGCAAAAAGAGUUAAAGAUGGAAUUUUGGCCAGAAUUCCUAGCAAGUAGUUGGGGGAAAGAAUUUGUGGCAGGUGGGUUUGGUGGAAUCGCCGGAGUUGUCGCCGGAUAUCCGUUGGAUACGCUCAGAAUCCGGCAACAGAGCUCAAGUUCCGGCGGUGCAAUCAGUAUUUUCCGGCGAGUUCUUGCCACCGAAGGACCCUCUGCCUUUUACAGAGGCAUGGGUGCUCCCUUGGCCUCUGUCACUUUUCAGAAUGCCAUGGUUUUCCAAACAUAUGCAGUCUUAUCUCGAGCAUGUGACAAAUCUGUUGAUCCAAGAGAACCUCCUUCGUAUAAGGGGGUAGCCAUAGGAGGAUUUGGCACCGGGGCACUCCAGAGUCUUAUAUUAAGCCCUGUUGAGCUACUAAAAAUCCGUCUUCAAUUAAAGCAAAACAGCCAUUUGGUAUCAAACACUGAAAAUGGUCCAAAAAAAUUAGCCAAAACCAUACUUAAAACCGAAGGUCUAAGAGGGUUAUAUCGUGGUUUAACCAUCACGGCCCUCAGAGAUGCACCCGCUCAUGGGUUGUACUUCUGGACAUAUGAAUACAUGAGAGAAAAGCUCCACCCUGGAUGCCGAAAGAGUGGCCAAGAGACCCUAAAUACAAUGCUUGUUGCUGGGGGUUUAGCUGGAGUUGCGAGCUGGGCCACAUUCUACCCAUUAGAUGUGAUCAAGACUAGACUCCAGGCGCAAACAAAAGCUUCAAUAAAAUACAGUGGGAUCGUGGAUUGCUUUAGGAAGAGUGUUAAGCAGGAUGGUUAUGGAGUUCUGUGGAGAGGGCUAGGAACAGCAGUUGCUCGGGCUUUUGUUGUGAAUGGAGCAAUAUUUGCUGCCUACGAGCUUUCUUUGAGGUGCCUGUUUAGUGGUGUUGGUAAUGAGAGUCUUCAGACUGAAAGCACAUUGAAGGCCUCAGGACCAUAAGGUUAAUUCCCCUGAAAUUCUAGGGUGACCAACAAUUUGGGCAAUUGAAGCGAAUUAUUUCAUGGAUGAUCGAACUUGGCACAUCAACUUAUAUGAUUAGUAUAGGUGGAGAAGUUCUGUACGUGUACAGAAACCUCAGCUGGACCUAUAGUCUGUUGUAUUAACAUGUAAGAAAUUGCAAAAGAAAAAAUAUUGAUGAACAAAACAACCAGAGAAAGUGGCAUAUCCACACUUCAGUUAACAACAAUGCAUGUAUUAUUGAUUCAUUGACAUAUGCCUAAGACAAUUCCGGUGUCUGAAAAUGUUAGUAACAGGUUUACAAUGAAACUGAUAGAUGUUACAUGUAAAUUUCAAAUACUAUUACCCUUUUACGUAAUAUUUAUA